AUGGAUUCAACUGUCAAUAGCGAACCACUACUCAAUACUUAGAAUGCAAAUUUUCCUCAACUCAGACGACAAAGAACUUCUCUCAGGAGAAGAAAUGCCGAUGAUAUGGGCUAAUUAGAGAAAUUCAAACAACUUAAAAAUAGUAGCCAAGAGGUCUUAAUAUUUGAGGCUAUUUUAAUGAUUGCAUUCGGCAUUGCAUUAAUGAUAAAGAAAGAUGAACUAAAAGAUUGCAAUCUAAAUCCUCGAUAAUUUGUUUACAAUUAUACUGUCUACUACCUAACAAUUUCAGUGGCUUUUAGAAUGUUUACUCAUAUUGCUUUCCACAAAAAUUAGAGCAGAUUCUUAAUCGCAUACUUACUGUUAACUUUAAUUUAACUUAUCACUGUGACUUGUUUCGUUUGGUAUGGAUUAAUUUUUAUGUUUGAUAGCAACUGCUGGGACAAUUCUUCCAAUGUUUUCUUCCUUGAUGCAAUGAUUAUUAUUGCACUCGGCUUAAAAACAUGGUUAGGCAUCACUAUUCUAACCGCUAUACUCAUUUUGUGCUUGCCAGUUAUUUGUUUAGGAAUCUGUGCAGCUAGAGGGCAACAAUAACAGCAAUAAAUAAUUAAAACAGAUAUCAUCAAAAACUUGUUUAUAACAAAGUUUGACCAUACAGCCUUCAAAAAUAAGGAGUGCGCUAUUUGCCUUGAGGAUUUUGAAGAUGACUGUGAUGUGACUCCACUACCUUGUGACAUUAGACACUACUUCCAUCCCCAUUGUAUCACUGAUUGGAUUAAGCAGAAUAAUACAUGCCCACUUUGCAAGAAAGUAAUCUCAAAGGAGGAUAUGAAAAAUUUAGAAGAUGGAUUCAGUGACAAACUUGAGUUUGAAAGACACAGAGAUGAUUGA